AUGACGGCACCAACCUUGGCGGAAGCUGCAAAGCGAGGUCGCCAUAUUGGAAAUGAGCAACCUACCCCUAUAUAUCCGAUCAAAGACGACGAUUCGUGUACCAGAGGUCAAGGGUCAUGGACUUGGUGCUGGAUUGCACCCCGAGAGCCAGGCCAAGUUUCCAUUCAUCAAUACAUCUCUGGUCGGCCCCUCGAUCAGCUUGAGAUAUUACACAACUCUACUGACGCUCUGAGGCCUCUCCUUGCCGAGUUGGGCGAUUCCCUCGCGCAACUUCGCGCGCGCGCACAAGAGUUCCACGACGGGGUACGCGACGGCGUGUUCAACGUCAUCAACCGCCCUGGACUUUGCGACGUGCCAUUUCGAGACCCUGCAUCAGCAACUCAGCCUACCAUCGGCGGGAUAGACAAGCGUGAGGCUCAGCGCGAAGUAUUUGCCUUGCAAGACUUCAGAUUUAGACUUUUCCCACUCAUCGACCCUAUGUUGAAUCUCCAACCCUUUGUCCUUUCGCCCGGCGACCUACGACCGUCGAAUAUUAUCGUGAACGAGGACCGCCCCUGGCAGGGAUCAUCGACUGCGAAUGGAGCGGCACUGUGCCUGUUCAGUUCCAACCACCAAUGUGGCUAA